AUGGGUGUUGGAUCUCGUCUCAGCCAUUCAGGGUCUCUUGGGACCGUUUGUUACACGGGAGAAGUCGAAAGGACUAAAGGUACCUGGCUGGGCGUCGAAUGGGAUGAUCCUAACAGGGGCAAACAUAGUGGCGAACAUAACGGAAAGGUAUACUUUCAGUGUAGCAUUCCUGGCGCUGGAUCAUUCAUUCGCCAGACAGCGGAGACUUCGUUUGGUGUAACUUUCCGUCGCGCACUAGAAGACAAAUACCUUAGCGGCCUCAAUGCCCAUGAGGAAAAACUGGCCCCCAAUACUGCAGAGGUUUUUCUGCUAGGUACGAUUGAGAUCGAAGCGCCCAAUUUCGAUCGCGUACGGCAGAAAUUCUCUCGUAUCGAGAAGCUCAAGGAACUCAGCCUUGAUGGAGAGGGUGUCUCCAGCAUAGAAGCAGACGAUGAAUUGCGGAGAUGGUGUCGAAAUGUACAGGGCUUGAACCUAUCCAAGAAUUUGUUUACGGGCUGGAACUCCAUCUUAGUUGCUAUGAGCUUUUUACCCGCUUUGAAGUCCCUGAGUCUCGACCGGAAUCGUUUCCAGACACUGACGUCCCCUCUGCCGGAAACAUCAUCACGGGUGACCGAAUUGAGGCUUAAUGACACUUUAAUGUCAUGGGAGGAGCUCCCGUACAUUGCUCCAGCUUUCCCAAAACUAGAGGCCCUUCAAUUGGGCUUCAAUAGAUUGCAGAGGCUGGGUCCUUGGAAGCUGAGCUCCUCGCUUGUAUCCACUCUGAGGCUGGUCUUUUUGGACGGAAACUUGUUAAGUGACUGGGUCAACAUUACGGAGGCUGUAUCGGGCAUUACAAAUCUCCGCCAU